GGCCAGUUUAUUGUUUUGUCGGCUGACGUGAUGUUAUUGCAUGUGCAAUGCCUGAAAAUAAUAAAGCGUCGAACGUGUUGUUGGAGAGAAAAAUUCGCUUUGAGCAAACCUCGAAAGUUCACUACGACAAUGAAAACAAAGUGGAAGAACUGUUCUUCGAAAAGGAUAAGAGGUAUUACACGGGAAAUGAUCACUCCACCGGAGCGAAGGAGGGCGACAAGAGAAGAGGAGCUGAGACAGUGUCACUACUACAUUUCUUGAGGGUGGAGCUCACUAGAGGCUACUUGUUGGAGAAUGAUGAAGAAAGGUACUCUGCGCGGAGGGAGAAAAUUUAUUCAUUUAUGAAAAUCCCACGUGAAGUUGAGAAAUUCAUGGCCUAUGGAUUUUUCCAGUGUGCUGAUUCAUUUUUGUUUGUGUAUACAUUUCUUCCACUACGAUUUAUAUUGGCAUUGUGGUCUGUCAUUAGCCGGCCAGUCAGAGGAUGUUUUGGAUUGAAGAACUCGAAGUCAAAGAAGAUUUUGAAACCUGCAGAAAUCUGUGAUCUUUUGAAAGCUUGUAUUUUGGUCAUGUGUAGUAUGAUUAUGUCAUAUAUUGAUACAUCUAUGAUGUAUCAUCUUAUUAAAAGUCAGUCUGUCAUUAAACUCUAUAUCUUCUACAAUAUGCUGGAGGUUGGUGAUAGAUUGUUUUCCGCUUUUGGCCAAGAUACUAUAGAUGCUCUCUUUUGGACAGCAACAGAACCUCGUGAUCGGAAAAGGGAGCAUUUAGGAGUAAUACCUCAUCUCUUAUUUGCCAUGGUAUAUGUAUUAUUACACAGCUUACUUGUGCUGUUUCAAGCUACAACUCUCAAUGUAGCUAUAAACUCAAACAAUAAAGCUUUAUUAACAAUUAUGAUGUCAAAUAAUUUUGUUGAAUUGAAGGGAAGUGUCUUCAAGAAAUUUGAUAAAAAUAAUCUGUUCCAAGUGUCAUGUAGUGAUGUCCGUGAACGUUUCCAUUUAUUUGUGCUGUUAUUUAUUGUAGUACUGCAGACUAUGAAGGAGUACUCCUGGAAAGAAGAAAGAUUUUGGGUGCUUUUACCAGACUGUAUGAUGGUGCUUUUGGCAGAAGUGUUCGUUGACUGGAUUAAGCAUGCAUUUAUUACUCGGUUCAAUGAACUACCUGUUGAUGUGUAUAAGGAUUACACAACUAGUUUGGCCUAUGAUAUGGCUGAAACACGACAGAAGCAUGCUUUUUCGGAUCCAUCUGAUCUUGUGGCCCGAAGAAUGGGUUUUAUACCCCUGCCUCUUGGAGUUGUGAUGAUGCGAGUGCUUGGUCAUGCAUUGCACAUCGAAGGACCUGCAGCAUUCAUACUUCUACUGCUUUCAUAUUUGUGUCUUGCUUCUUUUCGCAUUCUCAACAGUGUUAUAAUGCUUGGGAAAGCAUGUGGAUUAAUAAAGCAAUAUCAGCAAGAGAAAGUUGGGACCCCUGCAGUUUCAUCAACUGUAAGUCGAGCAACAAGUCCUAUAAAUGGCAGACCAAAUGUAGCGCGCCAGUUGUUACCAGAUGGUGGCAUAUCAGCAAGCCCAGCACACCAUACUUUGCAGAGAUCAGUGACUGUUGAUGCAAGUUCUUUAAAACAGGGUUUUGGAGCUAUUGAGGUAGAAAAAAAAGAACCUCCACUCCAAGCGCCUUCUGACCGCAGCCUGGGUCCAGCAGCAAUAUUUUCUAACAGUGCUGUGAGCAUUGAUAGUGUCUGCCUGAAUGAGGAAUUGUUGCGACAUGAACGAAGUCCAGAGACUGGUCUUGCAAGCAUUGUUGAACAUGAAGUUCUAACUAGAAGUGUUCCAAAUAUCCAAGCUAAUCUAAAUGUUGAUGGUGCUAGUGAUUCAUUGGUGCAGGAUGAAUCUGCCACACAGAAGAGUGAUGAAUUUUCCAAAAAGAGAGCAGAAUCAGAACCUUCCAUACCGUCUGUGAUUGAUGCAGAAAGGGCGAGUGUUUCAUAACUUUAAUGUUUCUUUUUGCUUCCUACACUCUAAUUUUAAAGUGACAUUUUCUGCUGACAUGGUGGGAACUGUAAAGAAAACAGUUUUUUGACUUCCCAUGCAUUUUGUGACUUAAAAAUGUUAAAUUUUGUUUUGCAAUGUAAUGUGUAGCUCUGCAAAAGUCAUGCCAUAGGGCGCUUUGUGCUGAUGACUACAAGUGGACUAAAAUGUUAUUUUUGAUUCUGCAUGAAAGAUUUGUCACUCUACAUUCAAAGAACAGCUACAAAGAAUAUGUGAAAAAAAAUUGUUGCUUUUCAUUCACAGCUCUGCUGCAAAAACUUGACAAUAGUGAUGAUAUAUUCUUCUUUUAUUUGUCGGUAUUGCAUCAUGGAUUAUUGUACAUGACUAAGUCUGUAUAUUCGUACUUUUUAUUUGAAAUAAAUUUUAUUUUUUUAGUAGAA